UAUCAUGUAAAACGAUUAUGCUGGUUAUAGUCGAAUCACACAACUCGUUCACUUCUAAUUUUUUCUUAACAAAUAAAGCGUAGUAUAAAAAUUUUCGAAAUGGAGGCAAGGACGCCUAAGACGACGACCACUGAGCAAUUUCAACUAAUGGCGCGUGCAAUUCAAAAAUUUCCUGAUUUAGCGAGACGAUUGCCAUGCUUUGGUAGUGCUCGAGUUUUAAAGAAUGAAAAAUGGAAAGAGAUAACAAAAAAAUUGAACGAUAUCGGACCGCCGGAACGUUCUCCACAAGAGUGGAAGAAGGUUUUAUGUGACUUAAAAUUGCGUACAAAGAAAAAAAUCGCAGAAAAUAUUUCCGCCGGAUAUGAAGUGAAUAUUUUAUCAGAAUCAGAAAGAGCUUUGGGAAAAGUUCUGAAUGUUGUUGAAACAGUAAAACCAAAAGGUGAAACAUUUGGUGUACCUUUAGUUAAGGCCUUUCCAACAGUUACGGUUAGAACGCUACCUCUAACACCGCCACCACUUGACGACAGUUCCCCGAGUUCAAGUACACGAGCAGCAUCGCCUGCAGCUGAAAUUCCAUCCGUAUCUCAUAAAAGAAAAGCUGAUCAACAACCGAGUGAUCAUUUACUUCGUCGACAAUUACUACAUCAAAUUAAAUAUAUGAAAAUAGCUAAAAGUAUGGUUGAGGUAUUAGAUAAACAAAGCCUUUGUCUGGAAAGGUUAUCAGCAUCGGCAGAGAAACAAGAAAUGCUGAUGGAGCGACAAUUGGAAUUAAUAGAGAAACAAACUAUAGCGAUGGUACGGCAGGCUAAUGCCUUAGAAAAAAUGGCGGAAAUAUGAGAUAUACAAUUUGUUUUUUUAUUUUUAAUUCAACAAAAGUUAAUGCAACAGCACUUAUGUUUUCGAGGAAUAACUUAAAUGUUAUCUUUAAGAGUAAUAAAUAUAUACAUAUGCACCUAUAUAUUAAAAUAAA